AUGGCCCAGCUGCCCUUCCCAGGAGGCCCCAACACCCUCAAGUGGGACUACACGAGACAAGAUGGGACUUCCUACCAAAGACAGUUCCAGGCCCUGCCAGGCCCACCUGCCUUGAUGUGUAAGAGGGCCUCCUCUACAGUGGAGCUGGGAGACUGCAAGAUCAGCUAUGGAUCGAUGUGUUCGGAGCAGAAACAGGCCUACAGGCCCCAGGGUCUGCCUGAAGAUAGGUAUGACAAGGCCCAGGCCGCAGCCCACAUCCACUAUGUAAAUAUCCGUCCUGGUGACGGCCUCUUUCACGGCAGAACCACCAAGGCCGAGCACUUCUAUGCCCGGGAGCCAGAACCUUUUGUUCUUCACCACGAUCAGACUCCGGAGUCGCACAUCCUGAAAGGAAAUUGGUGCCCCGGCCCCGGCAGUCUGGACACCUUCAUGCAGUACUUCUACGGCCAGCCGCCACCCGCGACACAGCCACCCAGCCGCCACGUGCCUCACGAGAAACUGCAGAGUCACGUGACCCUAGGGGAGCCAAAGCUAUACAGACGCUUCUUCAAGACCACCAUGGGCUCUGACUACUGUCCCUCAGAGUGGAGGCAGGUGCACAAAGCGCCCAACCUCCACUUGCAGCCCAGCAACCUGCCGCAGGGGACCGGCGAAUUCGAUUUUUUAACCAUGAACCAGAAGAUGCUGAAGCCACACAGAACAGCUCCGGCCCUGGUGACUGAAGAGAUGCUACAGCGGUGCAAGUACAGUCACAUGGAGCCCCCACUGGGUGGACUGCGCUUCUUCUCAACCCAAUACAAGGACGACUUUCCUUUCAAGUAUCAGGGUCCAGCAGCCCUGAGACUGAAAAAUCCUCAGGAGGGCUUCGGGCCCCUAGGCACACCUCACCAGCAUGGCUGCAGGGAGAAGAUAGACCCUCGGGCUCCCCAGCCCCCUAUGUACCCGUGUCCCAGCCAGUAA